GCCGGCGGUGGCGGCGCCCGCCCUAGCGAUGCCGGCCCCGCCCGUCGCCUCAGGUGCCAUUUGGAUAGUCCUUUAGCGGCACGAUGUACUCUGAGUGGAGGUCCCUGCAUUUGGUGAUUCAGAAUGAUCAGGGUCACACCAGCGUUCUGCACAGCUAUCCAGAGAGCGUUGGGCGAGAGGUGGCAAAUGCAGUGGUCCAUCCUCUUGGGCAGGCCUUAGUUACUCCUUCAGUGGCUGGUAGUGAGAGUUUGUUAAAAACUGACAAAGAAGUAAAAUGGACCAUGGAAGUAAUUUGCUAUGGACUGACCCUUCCAUUGGAUGGAGAAACUGUAAAAUAUUGUGUUGAUGUAUAUACAGACUGGAUUAUGGCUUUAGUGUUGCCGAAAGAUUCUAUUCCAUUGCCAGUUAUUAAAGAGCCUAAUCUGUAUGUUCAAAGUAUACUAAAACACCUGCAAAAUCUUUUUGUACCAAGACAGGAACAGGGCUCCAGUCAAAUCCGACUAUGCUUACAGGUCCUGAGAGCCAUUCAGAAACUGGCCCGGGAGUCAUCCAUCAUGGCCCGAGAAACCUGGGAAGUCUUAUUGUUGUUUCUUCUGCAGAUUAAUGACAUACUUCUAGCCCCUCCAACUGUUCAAGGUGGCAUUGCUGAGAAUCUAGCAGAGAAGUUGAUUGGUGUUCUCUUUGAGGUUUGGUUACUAGCUUGUACUCGGUGCUUCCCAACACCUCCUUAUUGGAAAACAGCCAAGGAGAUGGUGGCUAACUGGAGGCACCACCCGGCAGUGGUGGAGCAGUGGAGCAAGGUCAUCUGUGCACUCACUUCAAGAUUGCUACGUUUUACAUAUGGUCCUUCAUUUCCUCCAUUUAAAGUUCCCGAUGAAGAUGCCAAUCUGAUUCCUCCUGAAAUGGAUAACGAGUGUGUUGCACAGACAUGGUUUCGCUUUUUACAUAUGUUAAGUAAUCCCGUGGAUUUGAGUAACCCAGCCAUUAUAAGCUCUACUCCCAAAUUUCAGGAACAGUUUUUGAACGUGAGCGGAAUGCCACAAGAAUUGAAUCAGUAUCCCUGCCUUAAACAUCUGCCUCAGAUAUUUUUUCGUGCCAUGCGUGGAAUCAGCUGUCUGGUGGAUGCAUUCUUAGGCAUAGCUAGACCCCGAUCAGACAGUGCUCCUCCAACACCCGUGAAUAGACUAAGUAUGCCUCAAAGCACUGCUGUCAGUACCACCCCACCACAUAACCGAAGGCAUCGGGCUGUUACUGUGAAUAAGGCGACCAUGAAGACAAGCACAGUUAAUACUGCUCAUGCCUCGAAAGUUCAGCACCAGACAUCUUCCACUUCUCCUCUGUCAAGCCCAAAUCAGACUAGUUCAGAACCCCGGCCACUGCCUGCCCCGCAGAGACCAAAGGUUAACAGCAUCUUGAAUCUCUUUGGAUCGUGGUUAUUUGAUGCAGCAUUUGUUCACUGUAAACUUCAUAAUGGGAUAAACAGAGACAGCAGCAUGACUGCCAUUACAACACAAGCUAACAUGGAAUUUCGACGGAAAGGGUCACAAAUGUCCACAGACACCAUGGUUUCCAAUCCUAUGUUUGAUGCAAGUGAAUUUCCUGAUAACUAUGAAGCAGGAAGAGCUGAGGCUUGUGGGACACUGUGUAGGAUUUUUUGUAGCAAGAAGACUGGAGAAGAGAUUCUACCAGCUUAUUUAUCCAGAUUUUACAUGCUUUUAAUUCAAGGUUUGCAGAUAAAUGAUUAUGUGUGCCAUCCUGUCUUGGCCAGCGUUAUUCUAAACUCCCCUCCUUUGUUCUGCUGUGACUUGAAAGGGAUUGAUGUUGUGGUUCCUUACUUUAUUUCAGCUCUUGAAACCAUUUUGCCUGACAGAGAACUCUCCAAAUUCAAAAGCUAUGUAAAUCCAACAGAAUUAAGAAGAUCUUCCAUUAAUAUCCUGCUUUCUUUGUUGCCCCUCCCUCACCACUUUGGCACAGUCAAAUCUGAGGUGGUUCUGGAAGGAAAGUUUAGUAAUGAUGACAGCUCUUAUGAUAAACCAAUAACUUUUUUGUCCCUGAAGUUGAGACUUGUGAAUAUACUAAUAGGUGCCUUGCAAACGGAAACGGACCCCAACAACACUCAAAUGAUAUUAGGAGCAAUGUUAAAUAUUGUUCAAGAUUCAGCACUUUUAGAAGCCAUUGGUUGCCAAAUGGAGAUGGGUGGUGGAGAAAAUAACAUGAAGAGUCAUAGUCGCACUAAUAGUGGUAUUAGUUCAGCAAGUGGUGGAAGCACAGAGCCCACAACUCCCGAUAGCGAAAGACCUGCUCAAGCUCUUCUAAGAGAUUAUGCUCUUAAUACAGAUUCAGCUGCUGGGCUACUGAUUCGCAGCAUUCAUCUCGUCACCCAAAGACUCAACUCCCAGUGGCGACCAGACAUGAGCAUAUCACUGGCAGCUCUAGAGCUCCUCUCUGGCCUGGCAAAGGUGAAGGUGAUGGUUGAUUCAGGAGACCGGAAGCGAGCCAUCAGUUCUGUGUGCAGCUACAUUGUGUACCAGUGUAGUCGACCAGCUCCUCAUCACUCCCGCGAUCUGCACUCCAUGAUAGUGGCAGCUUUUCAGUGUCUCUGUGUUUGGCUGACAGAGCAUCCUGAUAUGCUUGAUGAAAAGGACUGUCUUAAGGAAGUACUGGAGAUUGUGGAACUGGGUAUUUCAGGAAGUAAGUCCAAGAGCAGUGAGCAAGAGGUCAAGUACAAAGGAGAUAAGGAGCCAAACCCUGCGUCUAUGAGGGUAAAGGAUGCUGCUGAAGCCACCCUAACAUGUAUCAUGCAGUUGCUUGGCGCAUUUCCUUCACCCAGUGGUCCUGCCUCUCCUUGUAGUCUGGUGAAUGAGACCACUUUGAUUAAAUACUCCAGGCUGCCAACCAUAAACAAGCAUAGCUUCCGGUACUUUGUCUUGGAUAACAGUGUCAUCCUGGCAAUGCUGGAGCAGCCUCUUGGAAAUGAACAGAAUGAUUUUUUCCCUUCUGUCACUGUGCUGGUCCGGGGAAUGUCUGGAAGACUUGCUUGGGCACAACAGCUUUGCCUUUUACCCAGAGGAGCAAAAGCAAAUCAGAAGCUUUUUGUACCCGAACCUCGUCCAGUUCCUAAAAAUGAUGUUGGAUUUAAAUAUACUGUGAAACAUCGACCAUUUCCUGAAGAGGUGGAUAAGAUUCCUUUUGUGAAAGCAGAUUUGAGCAUUCCAGAUUUGCAUGAAAUAGUCACUGAAGAAUUAGAGGAGAAACAUGAAAAAUUAAGGAAUGGCAUGGCCCAGCAGAUUGCUUAUGAAAUACACCUUGAACAACAAAGUGAGGAAGAAUUGAAAAAGAGAAGUUUUCCUGAUCCAAUUACGGAAUGCAAGCCCCCGCCUCCUGCCCAGGAAUUCCAAACAGCCCGUCUUUUCCUUUCACACUUCGGAUUUUUGUCCUUAGAAGCUUUGAAGGAACCUGCAAAUAGUCGUCUACCUCCUCACCUUAUUGCACUUGAUUCCGCAAUACCUGGAUUUUUUGAUGACAUUGGGUAUCUGGAUCUCUUGCCAUGUCGUCCUUUUGACACAGUUUUUAUUUUCUAUAUGAAACCAGGUCAGAAAACAAACCAGGAGAUUUUAAAGAAUGUGGAGUCUUCCAGAAAUGUUCAGCCACAUUUCCUAGAAUUUUUGCUGUCCCUUGGCUGGUCAGUAGAUGUGGGCAGACAUCCUGGUUGGACUGGGCAUGUUUCUACCAGUUGGUCUAUUAACAGUUGUAAUGAUGGUGAAGGACCUGAACAAGAUGAAGUGAUUUCCUCCGAAGAUGUUGGGGCUAGUAUUUUCAAUGGACAGAAGAAGGUGCUAUAUUAUGCUGAUGCCCUUACAGAAAUAGCUUUUGUGGUUCCUUCUCCUGUGGAGUCCUUAACUGAUUCAUUGGAAAGUAACAUCUCAGACCAAGAUAGUGAUUCAAACAUGGAUCUUAUGCCAGGAAUUCUGAAACAGCCAUCCCUGACACUUGAGCUUUUCCCUAACCACACAGACAAUCUUAAUUCCUCACAGAGGCUCAGUCCCAGUUCCAGAAUGAAGAAACUGCCUCAGGGCCGCCCUGUGCCUCCCCUUGGACCUGAGACAAGAGUUUCUGUAGUCUGGGUGGAACGCUAUGAUGAUAUAGAAAACUUUCCCCUCUCAGACCUGAUGACAGAAAUCAGUACUGGUGUGGAAACUACUGCAAAUAGUAGCACUUCUCUGAGAUCUACCACUCUUGAAAAAGAAGUUCCUGUCAUCUUUAUUCACCCUUUAAACACUGGAUUAUUCCGGAUAAAAAUUCAAGGAGCCACUGGGAAAUUUAACAUGGUUAUCCCUCUUGUGGAUGGGAUGAUCGUCAGCAGGCGAGCACUCGGUUUUCUGGUGAGGCAGACUGUAAUUAAUAUUUGUAGAAGAAAGAGGCUGGAGAGUGACUCCUACAGUCCACCACAUGUACGCCGGAAACAGAAAAUCACCGACAUUGUCAACAAGUACCGGAACAAGCAGUUGGAGCCAGAGUUUUAUACUUCACUUUUCCAGGAGGUUGGACUCAAGAACAUUAGUUCUUAGACUCUUGGGCUGUCUAGGACUCUUCAACUCGUUGGGGGCUAGAAUAUCAAAGCAAAACAAUUUGAUAGGCGAUCACUGUAAAAAUAAAAACAAAUCACUCCCCAAGAGCUUACUGUUCAAUCACCAGAAUAGAAGAAACACAUUUAAACCCAUUUGAUAGAAGACUUCCAGCUUUCUAGUGAAAUGGGCUCCCAGACACAAUCAUAUUCCUGCUGGUAAAGAUGAUAUAUACAUUUUAGCCAUAAACUUUCUUUUAAAAGUGACAGUUUUACUUAUAUCUGAGCCUUUUGAGGAGAAAGGCUUUUAUGCAUCUUAGUUAAACACAUGCAUUGGUAGUAUCAAAUUUGCAAAUUAGAAGUUGAAGAUAGUUUUAUAUUUCAUUUUUUAGGAGGUUGGUUCAAAAUUAAAAUCUGUCUCAAUCUUCAGGACCUUUAAAGACUCAAGUUGAUAGUGUGGAGGAGAAGGAAAGAAAUCUCAGCUUCCUGCUCACUCGUGGGUCCAUUUGUUAUCCAACUGUCAUCCAGCUGUCCAGCUGACAGAAAAGGACAUGUUUUUUGCUCAGAUAUGAAAUCUGACAUUAAAAUCGUUCAUAUUUUCUCUCCACAUUUCAUAAAGUUACUAUUCUCUUCACUGCACAGACCUGUCUGAAGGCCUGUUUCUGGACGGUCCAGGAACAGAUCUAAAACGGAGGCAUGGCCCUGUCCUUUAAUGGGGGUACAGAUGGAAUUUGUGGAGUUAAAAGUUGUAAGACAGUGAUACCUCUGCUCUCUCCAGUAUUGUCUAGCUUGGUGACAACGACAGGCUAAAUAUUUGUAAUUCCUUGGUUAAAUAGUAAGAAAUGUAAAUUCACAAGGGUUGAAAAUUACUUGGUUUCAUCCGUUGUCUCUCAUUUCAGGACCAAGCAGGAGACUGCAGUAGUUUAUGAAGGAUUCUAAUUUGGGGUUCAGGAAAUAGCCUCUCACUGCUACUAAUUCAGGUCUGUUCUAAAGAAAUACUGGAUUUCAUCACUAUUGAUAAACAUUAGUGACCACCUCUUUGGGUGGCUGCUGUUAAAAAUGGCCGUCGUCAUAUUUUCUGGACUUUGCCAGCUGAAGGCACAACAAAUCCCAGCCCGGGUUUUGGAAAUACUUCUGUUACCUCGCUGCUACUUUUCUGCCAGGGAUAAAUGUUUUGAGGUGGCCAGACCCAGAACAUCGUUACAAGGAUUCCUGUUACAGAACUAGAGUAGACAUUGCUCAUUUCUCCUUAUGUGCUUUCUUCUUUAUUAAGAUCAUUUUAUGCUAAGAAAAUAAGUGACAUUUAAAGUCCAAAGAGGAGUGAUCACAAUUGUAUAAGGGGUAAUUUCAUACUUGAACUCUGAUGUCAGUAGAUUCUGUAGGUCAGGGCUACAGUGGUCUGUUUGGUUUGAUGUUUUGGUAGUUUAAUUAGAGGUAGGGGAUAGUGUGUAGGGCCUAAUUCCCUGUGCAGAUAUUUCUGUUCCAAAAGUAUGUAUUUUGUCAUGCAAGAAAUAUGGGCAUAGUGGCUCUUGAUUUUAAGUUUGCCGUACCUUUUUCUUCAUGUUUGUUUUAAGCUCAGGUAAAUGUAACCUCCACUUUCUAUGACUCCAGUUUCCAUUCUGGGUAUAAUGUUAUUCAAUAAUUGCUUUUCUUUGUAAUCUGGGCAAUAAAUUAAUGUUUCCAGAUGGUAGUAUCGAGGAGGAGUAUGAAUCAUAAAGUUCAGGAAGUUCUACCCUAAAAAUGUUUUAGUAGCUGAGCAUAUAUAAGGUGAGGUUUAACAACUUUCAUGGAAGUUUCAUAUUGGCAGUUCAAGGGGAAAAUAGGCCCUUGUAACAUUCCAGAGGUUAAAAAUAGCUGAUGUGGGUGUACUUCCUCAGUGUGACUUUUCAGAUAAAACUUUUACCUUUUGGUUUAGUUUUGCUGUCAGCAGAAUGUACUGUAGUGUGCAUGUUGAGAGAAGGCUUCCUGAUCCUUCAGUUUGCUCUCAUUUCUGGCAGCUCCUUGUAAUUCAUAUGGCUUUGGUAAGUGAACAACUGUGUUAAAUGAAAUUUGUGACCUGAAGGACCUAGGGAAAGAGGGAUGUGAUCAGUUCAGGACUGCAGCCUCCAAAGGCAUAAAGCCCCGUAUGUAAGGCGCAAACGAGUUACGUAGACCUCAUCAGGUACUGGUUCCUUCUGCUCACUAUAACAUCUACUUUAAAAAGGAAGUAUGGUAAGAAUCCUUGACCUUUCAUUGGUAUUGUGGGUUUGAGUUCAUGGUCACUAAGUUCAACCAACUGCCUUUGUUAAAAGUCACUUUGAGUAGAAUAAUGGCAGAGGAGCAUAUUUAGUCCCUAGUAACAAUUUUUAGGAGUCCACUUGAUAAGUUUGCUAGCAUGUGUUCAUAACCUUUGGAUGGAAGCCAGGACUUUCUGGAUCUGUGGUUUAAACAGUUUAGUUGCUGUAUGUGACAAAUGCACCGGGAGGUAGAUGAGCAUGGCAUUCAAUGACAAGGAACACGUUUCCCAAGGGACAGAGGCAGGUAGUCCCUCAUACUUCUAGCUCGGCUUGGCUUGGUGGGUGAAGUCUUUUCUUUUCCUCUCUUGUUGGGAGCACUGAGAAUAGUGACAGGGCUUUUGCCUUUUUUACCCUUUACUUGUUCAGUCAACUCUCCCUUUUGUCCAGGGCUUCCUCCUAAGCGUCCCCCACCCCAUUUCCCACCCCCCUCCUGCCCACUGGCCAUUGGACAGGAAUAGUUACGUGGUAGGUUGACACCACACACAUCCACGCUGCCCUCCAUUUUCUCUACUACAGGGCAUCCCGUUCUCCUCUGGACUCAGAAAUACAAAAACCUAAUCUUUGGCCAGUAAUGUCUCAAGGUCUUCACAAAUGGUUACUUCUGCAUACACUGAGCAACUACUUGUCAGGUUCUGCA